AUGGCACUGACGUCGUCUUUGGCGGAGGACGCGACGUCCCAAGCCCGUCAACCCGUCAACGCCGAGAACCAUGCCUUCCAGCAGGGCGAAUUUGUGCCUGACGGCUUCUUCAACCGAGUCGGCCCUUUGUGCUUCACCAUCCCACCUCCAAUGUUCCAAUGGACCUACGAGAUGCGCCGGCGCGCCCAGUCUCUGUUGCCAGGUCUCUACCUGGGUCCCUGGAGCUGCCUCGCCGACCGCAGCCGACUCGUCCAGGAAGGAAUUACGCUUCUCUUAGCCGUGCGGGACAAGCGGCUCGCCAUGGCCAGUCUGAUUAGCGGCAGGAGGGCAGCGGAAGCUCUGCAGAUUGAAGAGAGCACCGUUGACUUCGCAGACAACCAAGACCUUAUCGCGAUGCUACCCCAACUCAUCAACCACAUCAACACGCAUGUCGCUUCAUUCCCCGCCACCGAGCCGAGCGGCCAUGCACGGAAGAAGGUCCUGCUCUUUUGUGAGACGGGGAAUGGUCCGUCGGCUGUGGUAGCGAUCGCGUAUCUGAUGGUGAUGCUCAACAUCAGUCUGCCGCAGGCACUGCAGUAUGUCUCCUCGCGCCGGUUCUGUAUCGACAUAGAUGAAUCGGCGUCACAGCUGCUGUUGUCCUUCGAGAGCAUCCUCGAUGCCAAGCGGGUUGUCGAGGAAUCUCGACGGGCGAGUGAAGCAAAGUAUACUACGCUCAAGGGUGCGAGUAGAAAACGGGAUGCCGCUGAAUUCGAUAUGGUUGAAGAGGAUGGUUACGCUAGGGGGUUGGAAGCGGGGGAGGCGGCGGAUGAGAACAGACGACCCCUGGCUCCAUUCGAGGAUCGGUCAGGAUGACAUACAUGGAUGGAUAUUCUUCGCGGGCACAAGAUAAGAUGUCAGAAGAAGAUGUCAAAAGAUGUCAUGGCUGCAUGAGAACGUUUUUCCGAGAUCUCGCUAGUAUGUGUGUGUGUGUGUGAUAAUUUUUGUAUGACUACAAUCUUGAAGCUUGCCUCUUUGUUACAUUACCUGAGCAGCACCUAGAAAGGAAAUAAUGAUGUCUA